AUGACUAGUCCACCGCCGUCAUCCUCGAGCGACGGAGGCCGCGGCAGCCGUUCACCACCGUGCACUGGUGGCCCGCCAUCACGGCCGCCGCCAAAGCGAAAAGCCGGGCGGAAGAAGUUCCAGGAGACACGUCAUCCGAUCUACAAGGGCGUGCGUCGACGAAACGACAAGUGGGUGUGCGAGAUCCGACAUCCUCAGAACACCAAGUCGAGGAUCUGGUUGGGCACAUUCACGUGCCCCGAGACGGCGGGCAGGGCCCAUGACGUGGCGGCGCUGGCGCUCUGCAGGGCGGCGGACUCGGCCGGAACGAGGGUGAUGCUGAAGCUGAACUUCCCCGAGUCGGCUCACUCGCUGCCUCGUGCCACGUCGGAUUCCGUGAAGGACAUUCGGUGCGCGGUGGUCCAGCUGGCUAGCGCGGAGACCGGUGGGGGAGCGGUGUCGGGUGACGGUGUUGGUGACGUGGAGGGAGGGGAUUGCGGGGCGGUGGUGGUGGGGAAGGUGGAGCCGAUGGUGUUUGUGGACGAGGAGGAGCUGUUCAACAUGCCGGCGUUGUUGAACGGCAUGGCGGAAGGAAUGAUUGUCACGCCGCCGGGGAUGAUGAGAGGGUUUUGCUGGGAUGAUGACGUGGACGGCGGUGGUGAUGAUCAGGGCAUGGACUUCACGUUGUGGAGUGACUAUUGA